CAAUAAUAUCCAUGGUGAGUGGUUAGGGAUCACCAUCGUCAUUUCAAAUUGAAAGAUAAACUUGACAAAGAGUCGAACACAAAACAUGGAGAAUGAGCGGAAACAAAACAAGUCGAGGUUCAAAAGGGUCUGUGUGUUUUGUGGAAGUAGUUCUGGGAAAAGAGAUGUCUAUGGGGAUGCUGCCAUUGAGUUGGCUCAAGAACUGGUUGAAAAGAGACUUGAUCUUGUCUAUGGAGGAGGAAGCAUUGGUUUGAUGGGUUUAAUUUCUCAAGCUGUUCACUGUGGUGGUGGUCAUGUUCUUGGGAUCAUACCUAGAGCUUUAAUGGGGAAGGAGAAAACGGGUGAAAGCAUAGGUGAGGUUAAAGCUGUUGCUGACAUGCACCAAAGGAAAGCUGAGAUGGCCCGCCACUCCGAUUGCUUCAUUGCCCUACCAGGUGGUUAUGGUACACUUGAAGAAUUACUCGAAGUUAUUACUUGGGCUCAGCUUGGAAUCCAUGACAAACCUGUGGGUUUACUGAAUGUUGAUGGGUACUACAACUAUCUGCUCACAUUCAUCGAUAAAGCAGUUGAUGAUGGAUUUAUCAAACCUUCUCAACGUCACAUCUUUGUCUCUGCACCAAAUGCCAAAGAACUUGUUCAGAAACUCGAGGAGUACAUCCCUGUAAAAGAUGGAGCAAUUCCUCAGGCCAAGUGGGAGGUUCAGGUGGAGCAGCAGACAGUUGGGUUCAGUGCUCUACAUGCUGAAAUCGCUUUGUAGAAGAUCAAUCUAAUGGUGGGGGGUGGUUUUUGAAGAUUAGUUUUUCUGUUUUAAGUAAAUAUGUUUUUGAUUUUGCGUGCAUUGAGUUGUUGUAUGGUACAACCAAGUAACGUAAUUAAGAGUUGUACCGUAUAAAUACUCGAUGCAUGGUAACAACUGAUCAAACAAGUUAGAUGUUUGUAAGGCCUUUUGGAAUUCUGAUAUAAUGG